AUGGACUCGCCCAUGGGCCGUACCAGACUAAAUGUGGACGAGACAAUCGAGUGCUGGGACGACGACGAUGACCUGCAAAUCAACGAUGGCAUUCAAUUCCGCGCUCCAUCGAGCGCUGGAUCCUUUGCCAACUCUUCAAUUCGGCCCUCCGGGCACCGUGAUUCAAUCUCGUCUCGCCGGUCUGCCCGCUCCGAUCUCGAGUCAAAUGCUGGAGAUGAGGAUUGGCAGGUCUUACUGCCCUAUACUGAUGACUUUUCCAAGGAAGAAGCUCUUGCUUCGGCCAAGAACGCGGGGAUUCCCCUGCCUGCGGAUAUCCCAAGCUCUGCUCUUCUCGGAGGCGCUAUCAAACGCUUGUCGGCUCGGAAGACGAAAAGGACAUUUGUUGAUGACUGGUCAGAUGAAGUAGAGCUUCCAGGACCGGACGCAGUAUUGGAGCUCAAACUGCCUCAGGAUUCGCGUUUCCCAGAUACCCUGCAGCAGAUCAGCUCUGCGGCCACAAGCCCCGUGAAGUCUACGGCCUCGCCAUCCUGGAAUGGAACUAUCUCCACACGUUUGCAAUCUGCACUGGCAACACUAGAUCGUUUCCAGGAUGAGAACGAAGCACCUCUCAACCAAGAUGUUCCCACAAUCAAAGCCCCAACGUCUCGGUCUCCGCGCAAGACGGCCGUUAGUGCCACUAGCGGAGGCCCUGCAGUGCAACAGGAAGAUGAGGACUUUGACCAAGAUCUUGAACUUCCCCCUGACCAUCAACCUCUUCAGCUGACCCGCCGAAAAGAUCACACCGGUGUUUCCAGCCCUACUCUAGAAGACUUUGACAUUGAAUGGUCUGAGGGUAGCAUAGGUGUUCGAGUUGGUGGUACCACUCGAGAUGGACGUUCCGUUCCAAGCUCUACUAUGUCAAUAGCAAGCCCCAGCGUCUCGAGUUGUAUUACUGGGGAAAGCGAGGACGACGGUCUGGAUGGUCUCGUGUUCCCCGAUGGACCUGUGGAUUUCAAUGCCUCUCUAAGAAAACGUCACGACAGUCAGGUUACAGAUGUCCCGAUUGCGGUCGGGGAGAGUCAAGACGCAUCACAUUCACGGGAUGCAGAUGACUUUUUCUCUGGAAUCGAGGUUGACAAUGGAAAAGCAUUUGCCUCUGGAAAGUUAACAUUGAACCCCAACGUCAAAUGCAAGACAGAAUGGCCCGCAAGUCCUACCCGUCGCUCCGCAACAACCUUAACCUUUACCAACGGACCGAUCACCAACGCAUCAGAUUCUCCUCGUACUCGCAUCCCUCGCCUGUCCGGUCAUGACCGUACCCAUUCCACCCAUCUCGAAACCGUAUCGGAAAGUGGCGCACCGCUUUCCAAAUUUCGAAGAUCCCAGUCGCGACUCGGACAUUCAACCCAAUCGUCUGUUUCUAGUGUGCCGGCAACCGAUACACCUUCGACAUCCCCCAAACCACUAACUUCCGGCCGACGGAUCCUCAGCCAGCGAGAUUCCAGAGAUCCUGUGACGGCUAGUGCAUCCAAGGCACCCAACAGGCAUCUACGAACGAAACGAUCUAUGCCCGUCGUUCGCGGGGGUGGGGGAGCUACUUUGGCCCAGUCCUCGCAACGAUCCUCGUCUCACCCGGAUGGGCCUGUCCGCCAUGCCUCCUUCAACAGACCUAAGACGCCAGUCGAGCGCACAUCCAACGAAGGAAGGUCUUCGGGAUCCGGCCGCCGAGCACAAGCCCCGUUCAUUCCAGCCGGGUCAUCGGAACGACAAUCCCAUCACAACAGUGUUAAGAGCUAUCUUCCUUCGCGCCGCACCAAUUCAGACGGCUCUGGCGAUCUUCUCAAUCCACAAGGUAUUUUGACUCGCCUGUCACGAUCGACUCGCCCGGAGGCUCUCCGUCUUAGCUUCGGUGACUCCGGCAUAGAAACUGCUAGCUCGGCAGCAAAACGUACACUCACUCGGCCGGCCAGGCGACGCAAUUUUGGAGAUGGUACUGAGCUGGAAUCCUUUGACGAUUUGCCUACAUCCGCCUCCACUGAGAGCAAGUUUGUCAAGAACCCCGCUGGCAGAGGUGCCCCAAGAUCGGUGCGCACCAGACUCAGUCAGAGCCGCAUUACCCCACCUAUCGAAUCUCCGACACAAUCCUCUACGCCACCUUCAACCUGGAGGUUGACCCCGACACCGAGAUUUGCCCGCGACACGAAUGCGUCCCGCAAUGCGAGGGAGCAACGCAUUGCUUCCCUGAAUUCGAAGAGCCGUGACUCUAACCCGCUUACCUCUUACAACUCCAAUUGGAAGGCGCAUCCUAUUUCUCGUAUAUCCCCGAACUCAGCCCCCGUCCGGAGCCGGAAACCCAAUGCCACAACUAAAUCAACGUCCAAGCCUCACUUGAUCAAACCGAUAGGAUCAGGGGUACAAGAGUCCAAAUCUGUGAGGGGCAUGCGGUAUAAUCCGACAAAAUUCCGCUGGGAAGGGAACGAGAACCUGGUGCAAGAUUUCGACGUUGUUGCGGGUCCCAAAUCACCUAAGCCAGCUCCAGCUCUAAUCACCAAUGUCGGCACUGUGCAAAAUGUUCAGGCAGGGGGGGUCAUGUCCGAGGACGAGGAUGACGUUUUUGCUGGCUUGGAUGACUUGGAAGACAAGGCGGCGGGGGCUACCGGGGGAAUCUCGGGAGCCUUGGAAGACUUCAACUCUCAUCCCGCCGGUGAUGAUCCGAGUGCCGGCGAGUCUUCUGAUGAAGGCCCUAUCACGGAAGAAUUCGAUGUCGGCCCGGAGUUCAUUCGACGACAACGGGCCGAGGAAGAGAAGUGGAGGCGGAAGGUGGACAAAUGGAUUGGGUCUGCUCACGGAGACCGUGAAACCCAUUGGCGAUGGGCCAUCCGUGACCUGGUGGCUGAUGAUACAGGAUAUCCGGCGGCAUAG